AUGUGGCCAUCAAGGAUAAAAUCUCUCUCAUGUGGGCUCGCGAUUCUCUCUGUCUAUGACAAUGGAUCUGUCUUAAGCCCAGAGGUAUUCAACCUCAUAGCGGAUGACCUCGUUGACAAGUUUGCAGCUGGUGUUUCUAUGGUUGCUUCGCUAUCCUUCGCUCUCUCUUACCCAACCCUUGCAGCGGCGCAUCACAUGUUCGUCAAUACUUACAAGAACGUCCUUGUUGUUGCUGUUGUUCCUAUUGCAUCUGCUAGGAAUGUUGCUGUUCCUGCCUCCAAGGAAGUAGAGAAGAAGGACGAGCCUGUCGAUGAGUCUAACGAUGACUUGGGAUUUGUUUCGUUUGAUUAA